GAACAUUAAAACCAUAACACAAAAAAAAAGCAUUAUAAUCUUGAAAAUGAAUUUCAUUAGCUAUUCUUCUCACAUUCUAAUAAUCUUGGCAGCUCUUGUAGGUGUUCUAGUUGUUCCAUCAAAGGCUCAAGACAGCCCACAAGACUAUGUAAAUGCUCACAACCAGGCACGAGCGCAGGUAGGCGUAGGCCCUAUGCAGUGGGACGAGGGGAUUGCAGCCUACGCUCGGAGCUACGUGGACCGACUAAAAGGCGACUGUAAUUCCGUACACUCGGGCGGGCCUUAUGGGGAGAACUUGGCCGGGGGAGGGAAUAGUGGCGACUUUUCUGGUGUGGACGCCGUGAACUUGUGGGUUAACGAGAAGGCUGAGUAUAACCCCGUUUCGAACACAUGCAACAGAGAAUGUCGUCACUACACUCAGGUUGUUUGGAGAAAGUCAGUGAGAAUUGGAUGUGCUAAAGUGAGGUGUAAUAAUGGUGGAACCAUCAUCAGUUGCAACUAUGAUCCUCCAGGGAACUAUGUGGGGGAGAAGCCUUACUAAUGUGUGAUCAUGAUGCAUACAAAUACACACACAUCAUAUGCGAUGUGUAUUCAAUAUUAAAUUAUCCAAAUAAGAGCUGAGAUUACCAUUUAAAUCCCAACGUAUAGUCCAAUGCAUAUUUGUUGUGCUUCGUCCAAUGCCAUAUCAAACCGAAAAUCUGAUUGGUUAAUAUUGUAACUAAUACUUUUGAAUAUAUAAUUUUAAUUCGGA